AUGUCUGACGAAAAUGCUUCUACUCUUCAAGAUGCUAAUAAAAAAGUUCUUCAAGAUAUGAUAAAAUGUGCGGAACAAAAGAAACGUAGUGAUGCGUCAGGUGAAGCUAUGUCAUGGGUUAUCGAAAUUUUAAAAAAUUCUAGUCCAACAAAUAAUUUUUAUCAGCACGUUAACGGUCCCUCUAAUCAAGUUGUCGAAGUUGAAAAUAUUUUCAAAGGACAAACUGGUGAUGGAAAAUCUUGGGAAAUGCGAUUUACAAUCAAUGCCGAUUUGCCAAAUGAAGCAAGAAAACAUAAAGCACAUUUUGGUUGUGAUGUUUUUUGGAAUAAUGAAAGGGUUCUUGCUACACAUAAAUGGCUUCCAGAUGGUAUGUUGAAAGUCGGAAGACCAACUAUCCAAGGUAUUAAACUAGAAGAAUUUCCGACUGGACAUGAUGAAAAAAAGUUUGAUGAUAAACGUUACGUAACUUGGGAGUCUAUUUCAAAAAAAUAUGCGUAUUAA